UGCAAGUCGCCCGUCGGUAAAGCUUGCCCCCUUUUCCCUCUGCCAGCCCAUACCGUUGCAAGUACUGUGUACGGCAACUGUCCACACUUCUGGCCACACUGCUAGAAGAUCGGGCAGUUCAAGUCCACCCCAAUCUGGGCGCUGUUUCAGGACAAUUGCCUUCCCCAAUAACACCUUCUAGCCUACAUGCACCACAGGCAUAAGUCACACACCACAAUGGCUGCAAGCGCCCCGCAUGCCUGUGCAAAAAAAGGGUGCAAGAAGCAUGCAGAACGUAUUGCCUCGGUACGUACAUUACAAUCUACCAUGUCAGGUGGCUCAGAUGGUUAUGGUCGUUUUACGAUGCCCUGACGAACAAGGAGCACACCUUGCUCUGCCGCGCCAAGUUCUCACGCGUCUGACCUGCUACCGGCUCGGCUCUGCACGAUUCCGCCACAGAGUGAAGCGUCAUCUGAUGGUAGGGCGACGACCUGAGGGGAAGAUGGGAUGCCCGUGUGCAGGGAUGAACCAAGGGCAAGGCGACUGCACGAAGCUUCUUUUGCCUCACCUUUUCACUUUCAAAGUGCGAAACAGACGCCGUUCCCCGCCAUCGAAACCUUCCACUGCCACGCGACGUCAGCCGUCCCUGCUAAGGUGCACAUGGCUUCUCCACAGAUGGGUUUUCCAUCGACAAAAAGGCCCCAAAGUUCAGCCAGAGCGUCGGUAGCGUCCGACUCAGUCGCGCGACCGCAACGCUUCCCCGGCCUUUGCUCGCCCAGCCGCCGCCCGCACCAACGGAGGGAAUUUGAGACAGAGGGCCGUUCGCCUUGGAAGCUUAGUGCAUGGCGGCCUGAACUGCGUGGGGCUUGCCUUCCCGAGGGUAUAGGGAGGUAGAGGGAAGAUGACCCGAAUCGGAAUUGGAUCAUCACGCUCGCCUUGUUGCCGUCCCUGGACAU